GUAAAAACUAAAGGCAGCAGCAUGAUAUAUUUAACAAUGAACGCAAUUGUAAGAGAUCGAUUUUACUUAACUUCAACGGCAACAUAAAAAGUGUGGUUUUAAGUUAAUUUUCAUAUAAAGUUACUUUAAAUUAGUACAUAUUAUGAAAACAUGAGAACAAGAUCGAACUUAUCAUCGUCAGAAUUCAAACUAGAAGAUAUUAAGAAGGAGAAGAGCGGUAAAUCUUUAAAAAAAGAAACAAAACAUACCGAAACUCAAAACGAAAAACAAAGUAUCGAAACUAUGUCGCCUGAACAUGAAUCGGACUCUAAUACGAUACACGGAAAUGAUGUUGAUAACGGUAUAGUCAAGGAUAAAUCGAACAAUACCAAAAUGGAAACGGAAAAAGAUGACAUUAAGAAAACUGCAAAAUAUUCAAAACCAGUCGAUGAGCUCAAAAUUGUUGAUGAAAACAAUGAGAGCGACAAAGAAAAAUUGAAGAAUUUGAAUAACGAAAGAACAAUACAAACGGAAACUUCAGAAACAAGAGAGAACAAAAGCACUGAUUUACACGAAACAGAAGAGUCAAAAUCGACUGGUAAAUCGAACAAUCUUAUGGAUUUGUCACCUGGAGCGACGAAAUCGACAAACCUGGAUGAUUCUACCAAUAAGACGAAUGCUCCCGACAAAAAAUUGUUAUCCGAAUUUGGGUUUACUGGAGCAAUGUCACCUUUUCCUCCUACUUCAGCUUCUUUAUUUCCUGGACAUCUACAAUCUGAAUUUGCGAAAUCCCUAUCAGCACAGUUUUAUAACAGUCUUAGCCUACUCGCUUCUCAAGCUAUGAUGAAUGUGAAAGAGGAACCGAAAGAUGUGAAUACAUCGACAUCUCAUACAAGCUUUGUGCCAUCUAACACCAGUCACAAAUCGACAACUAAAGUUACUACAUUACAAGUCCCACCUAGGACAAAUUCACGCAGUAGUGACGGCAGCACACAGUCAUUUGAUGAGCGUCUUGGGUCGCGUCAUCAAGACCCAAUUCAUCGAUCCUACUCUCCAGCGCUAUCUGGCGGCGCGUCGGAUAUUAUUCUUCAAAGACCUCCAUCGGGUCUGUCACCGAAAUCUCUCGCUGAACAACUUCGCAACAAUGAUUCUGCUAGUAUGGUUGUGUCAAGGCAACAAAAAUAUAACAGCCGUAAUCCAGGUUACACACGACAGCCUCACUUCCCACCUGCUAGUGAAGAAAGCCCACCUCCUGCUGGUAUAUUUCCUAGUUUAAACCUAGGUGCGUCUGAACCAUACACUUCCCUUAGCGGUGGAAUUCCAGUUGCUUCAGGCAGUAACCUGUCUUCAUCGCCAAGUUUGCAUCAUUUCACUACAAGAUACACUAUAGAAACACCAGCAGAUCCUUCACGACUUGGAGUGGAACUGGUAUUGGAUCAUGAUAACGAAGAACCGGUAAUUGAAGUUGAAUGUGGAGGCAACCGAGGACUCUUGUACGUCAAUAAGUUGUGCCAGGGUAGCAAAGGCCAAUCUAUUCAUUUUGGUGACGAGUGGCUGACACCAAACGAAUUCCAAUUUAUCAGUGGACGUGAGACAGCAAAAGAUUGGAAAAGAAGUAUCAGACAUUGUGGUAAAAGUUUAAAAACUUUAAUGACGAAAGGAAUUCUUCAAGUCCAUCCACCAGUGUGUGAUUGCAAUCAAUGUAGAGGAUUACAUGCAGCGUCAAAAUUAUUACCUGGUAAAAAGCCGCCACAAAAGGACAUCAACAAUAACGUAACGAUCAGAAAUUCUUCUCCUUUUGACGCCACAGCAGACAGCGACCUGUCACCUCCAGACGUCAUGACGCGUCACGGAUUCGAUGGUGGACUUAACUCAAUUAUAUCACAACUGAGAAAAGCGAAUGGAUUCGAUUCUACCGAAGCUCAAGAUACGCUCGAUCUGUCCACAAAAUCUCACAAUAAUAACAACAAAAAUGGAAAUAUUUCCCCAAAUUAUAAUUCAAGAAAAAGGUCAAGGAAUGAUAUGUCACCAGAAUCAAGGAGACAAAACAACGACAUUGAAAACGGUAGAUCCACUUCACCCACUUCUUCUAAGCGACCAUAUGCAAGACAUGAUGAAUACAAUCAGAGAAGUUACGAUCAGUCAUCGUUUGCCGCGUCCUACCCUUUCCUGUCACCGGAAGAACAAUAUCGCCGCAUGUUGGCGCUUUUGAACCGCUCUAUGAGUCCAUCGGAACAGCAAAGGCAAAUAUUCAACAUGGCACAAAGUAUGGCAGACCCUUUAUCGAUGUCGUCUAACGCUCUUGGGGGUUUUCAGGCUUUGGCAAAUUCUCUGAAAAUGGAAGGCUUUCGUGGGGACAAAUCAAAAAGUCGAUACAAAUCUGACCGUGAUCGCAAAGACGAAGGGAUACACUCUUACGAUCCGAGUCAGAAAUAUGGAAAGAAGGGCAUUGACACACCUUCCAAACGAUAUGCGAACAGUCCGGAUAAGUAUAGAAAACCGGAUAGACGCACACCAACACCAUCUGGACAUCGGAGUGGAGAGCAAAAAUUCAUAGCGCUUGAAUCAGGCCAGCGUGCAUCAAAGCAUAGAGAUGAUGGAAGAUCGUCUUGGCCUGCUCAUAAGCAUUCUACCAUGAUUGAACUAAAUUCUGGGGGAUCUGCCGCUAGAAUGCCGGACUGGGUUCCAAGAUCAUCUGAUCGGAAUAGUUAUAAUUCAGAACGAAAACUCGAUUUUAAAUCAAGUCCGAAUAAAACCGUACCCUUCAAUGGAUUUUUUCCGGACAAUAUUGUACUAGAUCGGAUACCAAUCAGCAAGACUCCGGUUACUACAUUACACCACCGUCCUCCAUCAAACUACUCAGAAGAAAACGAUACUCGUAGACCAUCUGCCAGUAACAGACAAAGGUCUUAUAAUUCGAAUAAUCACAAAGAUUAUCGGCGUCGUUCGUCUGGAGCUGAAAAUUCUGGUUCCAAAACAACUCCUAUGUUAGAUCUCCAGAAACAUGCGGUACCGAUGCUUUCACUAAAACGGCCAACAUUGGAUGAUUUGUUUAAAUCAAAUGCGAAUAGAACUUUAGGGAAACGUCUCUCGAAUAAUUCUGAUCAAGAAAUGAAAGAAAUAAACGAUGAAUCUCCAUCAGCAAGACAAAGUUCAAGCGCACCUCCCCCUCAUUUAUCAUCAAACGAUGUAGCAAGCCAAUCUAAGAGACCCACAUCUGCACAAGGUAAUUGUAGUUCACAAUUUCUUCUCCCACCAAUGAGGCACAACACAUCGCCUAUGACGUCACGGGCCAUCACAUCAUCAAGUUUCAUCGAUGGCAUCAUCGAUGUAAAUAACAAAUACGAAGAUUAUCUUAAAAACCGAAAUGACGAAAUACAAAAGGCAGUAGAUGAAAUGAGACAAUGGUCAACUAGUGAUGUGUGUCAAUUUAUAGGAGAAAUUGAUGAAAAUAUAGCAGAACACGUCGAGGAAUUUCGCAAGCACGACAUCGAUGGCGAAGGGUUACCACUUCUUACCGAACAACACCUUAUGAAUAUCAUGGACAUCAAAUUAGGGCACGCAUUAAAAGUAAUAGCGAGAAUACGAAGGAAGUUGAAAAUUCCACAAUUGAACACAUGUUGUCAUCAUACGUUACUGUGUUCAACUUUGUCUCCUGCUACGAAAACACCGACUCCGGAAUCGCCUAAUGAAGAUAUGAAUAAAGCGGACUCAGCACAUUUGAAAAAUGGACACGAUACGUCAUCGAAGACUGAAAUUGACUCGACAAUGAACGACGAUGACACGACGGACCUUAAAAUUGACGAAAAUACAGACCACGACGAGCAAUAAAUAUGUAUGUUUCAAGUUUUUGAAAUGUAUCUUAUUCCCCUUUGAAAGUUAAAUCACGGAGACUGACAGAGUAUUCUUCAGUUUACAAUAUAAAAUUUCUUGGCAAUUGGGCAUAGCUAUGACGUAUAUAUUUUGUUGAUUUUCAACAUCAAACUUAAACUCUUUCACAGUAUUUUUAGACGGCACAAUUUUAGCAUUUAUCUUUAUUUAUAUGUCGUUUUCCGCUUUACUUUUUCUUUUAAUUUUUUUUGUUAAUAUUUUAUUUUUGUGAUUGUUUUUGAUUAUAUAUGUUAUGGCUCCCGGGGUGUAAUAUGAUUGUAUUCCGUAAACCCGUAUAACUGAAAGGUUCAGAAUUCGUCUCUGCUUUCUAUUUCGAUUUUGAAUUGCAACAGCAACAUAUGACAAAUUUUAAUUUGUAAAAUUUGAUAUAAGUUACAAUGUUAAUGUAUAUUAUUAGUUUUGAAUUGUUUGGAACAACUUUUUUAACCCAUCUUCAGAUGCUAUUUUAGGUAUCUUUUCAAUUUUUGGCAAUAUUCGAAAGGUAUGCUAUUUACGGGUCGAGGGUGCGUACUAAAAAAACAUUUUAACCACAUAGUUAUUUUUAUGUCUGAAUAAAGUGUUAUUUGGAUGAAUAAACUUCUGUGUGGAUGACAUUAUAUAAUAUAUCAGUUCGUUAAAUUAUAUUAUGUUUAUCGAUAUGUCGGUUCCUUCACAGUUCCUGCUUUUAUGCAUUAUUUCAACAUAUUCUAUGUGGCCUUGGGGAAAUAUUUAUCUAUAUUUUCUCGCACUAUCAAAAUUGGUUUAUUUCUUCAAGCUGCCUCAGCUAGAUUUAAUGAAACGACAUUCUUGAUGCACGUUUACGGUUAUCCAUCUAAUUCAUUUUCAUCGAAAUACUCUCGUUAUACGGUGUAGAAUGUUAUGCGAGGUUGCUAGUACGAAGGCACAUGGAUUGUAAAUCUAGACUUUUAAUUUUGUCUGUGUUAUGUUUUAUAUGGUUGAAUUUUUUCUAUUUUUCUUGAUGAAUUGCAACAUUUUUUUCGUAUUCAAGAAUUUAAAUUUUUUGCUAUUUUUUUCGAAUGUUUCUAAAUUUUAAAUAUGCGGAUUUUCAACGUUAUGUAUAAUCAUCGGAUUGUGUUUAAUAAAUAGUUUAAAUUUGAAGUAUUA